UGAAAUUCUCAUCUAUAUCUAAUGGUAUUAGCAUUAUUUAUGGAGAUACUUGAGGCAAUUUGACUCGGGGUAUUUUAAAAUAAGGAGGUUAUGUUAGCUACCAAACAUCCUAUGCUUAAUAUUGAAGAUUGAAUCGAAGCGCUUCCAUGUUGGUAAUAUGUGGUUAGUUAGCAUCGGUUAUGCAGAAUAAGUAGUCAAGGCGCUCGAUACGGUGAUGGACUCGAACAAUCUUCUAUCUGUCGAAUAUAUGUUCAGUAGUUCGCUGGUUAAUUUGAGGCGAUCAGUCUCAAGAGAGAUAUCGGCCUCUGUUUCUAGUAGGUCGCAUAUACUUCAGUAACAUUCCCUCUAGAAAUACGACGACAGUUCCGAUGUGUGCAGAGCGAAUUUAGUAAUGAAGUGUCUCGCUUACGUGAACAAAAUAAAGCUCUCGUCCGAACUUUGCAGCAGAUGGAGGAAAUGAUAAAAGGAAAAGAAAUUGAAAUAUAUGGGUUACGCCAUCAAUUGCAAAGCUUCUCGACUGGGCGAGGUGUGUGUUCUAAUUGCUCAAGGGAUUCUAUCAAGGCUAGAAACACUUUAGUAGGAGACGCUGUCUUUAACUCAACAAACAAACGCCCGCUUAUGACAAUUUCAUCGUCGAUAUCGGAUGGUUUGUCGGAAUCCAGUUUGAAUAGUCAUAUUCAGCAGCCUGUAAAAAAACGUCCAUAUGUACCGGCGAACGAUGUUGAAAGCGCUGAUUCAGAAAACAUUAACAAUAUAACACCAAAAGACGUUCGCAAAUCCCCUUCCGGAGCACCUGAUGAGAGUCAAUGUGAAGGCGAAGUAUCUAAAAGCGAAUCUACAACACUAACUAACAGCGUUUUCCCUAUCGGUUCCCUUAGCCCACCAUCACAAAUUUAUGAUGCUUCCUUAGCAGUAAAAAAUGCUAUUAAUCACAAUGAUUUGGCUGAUUAUGAUGCCACUUACAGGGAUUCUUCCAUGUUGGAUAUGUCACAUUCAAAUAAUAAAGGGAACAUGUUAGAGUCUCCAAGUACUAACCGGACGGGACCUAUUGGUGCACAAUUUAUUCCAUAUGUUAAAAACCUUAACAAGUUAAUCUCAGCGGAUGGCCCUGACCAGGUCCAGGUUCUUUGUCAUCGACCAAAGCGUUUACAUCGACCGUCUUGUCGUUACUUUCGUCGUACACUUCCUGCUAAAGAAAACAUGCAAGAAAAAAAGAAAUCUGAUGAUACUGGUGAUGACAUUAGUCUGCCUUCUGGUUUUCUCGAAUCCGAAACAUCAGUUUAUUUUCCACCAAAAUCCACUACCAGCGAUGCAUCAAUAAAGCACAAACGUAAUAAAACAAAAUCUCACUUCCCAUCUAUUGGUGGUUCACCGACCCGUGAUGAGUCGAACUUCAAGUUCCCACUUCCUCCACAACGUACAACCUUGGUUGCAAAAAAACCACUCUCUGUUGCAAAUAGCGUUGGUGUAAAGUCUGCUCAAAAAUCGCGUAGAAAAUCAGUCAGUCGAACAUCACCAUCGACACCUGAUGGUUUUUGGAAUAUUGACCUAGAACAACAUGACAAGGAAAAGGAGAAUGUUCCGGUUACAAAUAUGACUGGUACUGUAGUGAAUACUCGACACUCUUCCCGCCGCCGUCGACCUUUAAGUUUCCCUACAAUUGAAAUUUCUCCCACACCAAUUUAAUAAGAUUUACAUGUAAUUGUUUCUCAUUGUUAUUUUUAUAAACUUUUUAUCAUUUGAUUAACGAACCCGGUAAUCGUGUAUUCGUAACUUGUUUUUUCUACACAUUUCUACAAAAUAAAUUAUCUACAUUUUUAUUUUUCUUGUUAUUCUGGUGAUUUUCAUUCAUUAUCAACUCAUUGUUCUUUAUUCACAUAUUAGCGUCUUACUCAAUCCUCGUCUAUCCUGUUUAAUAAUGAAAUAUUUCCAUUUUCUAAAAUCUGAAACAUCUCCCGAUAGAAUAUUAUUUGAGGAACUCUGGGUGAACCCAUUAAACAGCUGAAUCUAAACGUUCUUAACUGUCCUGUUCGUAUUAAUAACCUCAAUGAUCCAAAUUGUAUUAACUAGAUGAAAA